GCGCUGCCGGGGGCCGGCGCCCAUCGCUCCCUGCGCUCCGGGCGGUGCUGCGGGGCUCAGCGAGGGGCUGCGGGGCCGCCCGGGGCACACAGGGCGUGACUGCGAGACCUUAUCCCUGCGGCAGCCGCGACGCCUUUCCCCUUUCCCCCCCCUCCCCUCCGCCCCCCGUGCCUGACGUCCUGAGCUGCGGGAACACAAUGGGGCUCUGAGGCUGAGGAAACGGCCGCCGCUUCCUCCGCGCAGCCCUGCCCUGGCUCCGCUAGCCCCGCGCAGCCGGGACACCAUGGGCUUGUCUGCGGAGGACGAGCGCGCUGCCAGCCCCGGAGAUGAGGAGUGGCCGGAAGCAGAGAAGGCCGAGAAGUUGGCGAGAGGAGCUGCUCUGAAGUGGGCUUCAGGAGUGUUCUACCGCCCCGAGAAACUGGAGAGGCUGGGGCAGUACCGGAGCCGAGAGAUGCAGAGGAACAGCUCCAUCCAGUCCCGGCUGAAGCUCACCCUGCUGCCUUGGUCACCCAAAGUGAUGCCCAUCUCCCAACGCUGUAUGAGCCGUUCCUGCUGCUGGAGUGGGUUUCUUCGAGCUGGGUGGGAUGGGGUCAUCGCAGAAGGUCUGGGUCCACUGUCCAGUCCUACCUGGAGGGGGUAAGUGCAGGGCUGGAGCAGCUGCGGUCGGCGGCCCAGGAGGUGCAGAGCAUGUGCCA